CCGGCCGCGUGUGCCCCACCGCUCACAUCCUCCCCGCUCCAGGCACCAAGUUCUAAAAGGAAGCGACGAUCAAUGCACAGAGCAGCGGAGUAGGCCGGUCUGUCCUCCCGCCGCUCUGGCGGCAGCAGGCGGGCGGGAGGCGGGCGUCUGAAGCCCCCAUGCGUACCUCGCCCCCAACGGCCCUCCGCUUGGCCGCUACCCCGGCGGGGUCGAGGCGGCGGGGCCGGCGCCUAUUGGUCCGCCGCUGUCGUCCGCCCGCCCCCUCACCGCGCUUAUUGGCAGGAGACGCGGCGCCCGCGGAAUAGGCGGUGGCGGCGUCCCUCCCUCGCGCCGGCCCUCAAGAGGGCGACGAGGAAGCGGCCUCUCCCUGCGUCCCGCCCCUCGGGCUCGCUCGCUGGCUCCCGGCUCCUCCCGGCUGCUCUCGGCCAUCUCCCGGCUCCCUCCGGCUCCGGCUCAGGCUCCGGCGCAGCGGCGGCGGGCAGUUGCAGUGGUGCAGAAUGGCAGACCUCAGUCUUGCAGAUGCAUUAACAGAGCCACCUCCAGAAAUUGAGGAAGAGAUAAAACGGGACUUUAUUGCCACACUGGAGGCAGAGGCCUUUGAUGAUGUUGUGGGAGAAACUGUUGGAAAAACAGACUAUAUUCCUCUACUGGAUGUUGAUGAGAAAACCGGGAAUUCGGAGUCAAAGAAGAAACCAUGCUCAGACACUAGCCAGGCUGAAGGUACUUCAUCUUCUCAAGCAACAGUGCUUGCCAACGGUGACCACGGAAUAGAAGGGAAUGAUGCCACUGGGUCUCCAACUGAAUUCCUUGAAGAGAAAAUGGCCUACCAGGGAUAUCAGAACAGCCAGAACUGGCCAGAAAAUACAAACUUUUGCUUUGAACCCGAGCAAGUGGUGAAUCCUAUCCAGACUGAUCCCUUUAAGAUGCACCAUGAUGACAGCCUGGAAGAUUUGCUCUUUCUCCCCAGUGGAACAACCAGUGCUUCAGCAUCUGCAGAACAAAAUGAUCCCCUGAAAGACAGUUAUGGUGUGUUUCCCUGUGACACAUUUGCUCCUGCAGCUGUUGUUCCUCAGGGGUGGCCUGUGGAAGCUCCAAACCCUCCACAUUCAGAAUCCUUCAUUUCCCCUGAGGCCAUUACACAGCCUUUGCAGCCUAUAGCAGAGCCUGCUAAGGAGGUAGAAAUGGCAUCAGCAGAAGAGAGAGCACCAACAAAAGCAAUGGAAAUGGUGAUGGGACUGAAGGCUGCUAACAUGGCACCAUCUCGAGAAUCAGAGAUGGUCCUGGCCAAGGAUGUGGCGCCAGCCACAGAAACAGAGGUGGCCUUGGCUAAAGACACGGAACCACCUACCGAACCAGAUGUGGCCCUGGCCAAGGACAUGGAAUCAUCCAUCGAACCAGAUAUGGCCUUAGUCAAGGACGUGGUACUACCCCUAGAAACAGAGGCAACCCCAGUUAAGGACAAUGUAUUGCCCACAGAAACAGAUGUGUCUUUGGCCAAGGACAUGGUACUGCCCACAGAAACAGAGGUAACCCCAGCCAAGGACAUACUACUAUUCAAAGAAGCAGAGAGGACACCACCUGUAAAAAUGGAUUUGGCCCCAGCUGAGGGUAUGGUACCACCUACAGACCGAGAGGCGGCCCCACCCAAGGGUGUAGCAUCACUUUCAGAAAUAGAGGUGCCACUGGAUGAGGACGUUGUGUCAUCCACAGAAAUAUCCUCAGCCAAGGAGGUAGCCUUGUCCUCAGAAACAGAGGUGGCCCUGACUGGGGAUAUGGUACUACCCCCAGAAACAGAGGUGGCCCUAGUCAAGGACAUGGCUGCACCUCCAGAAACAGAAGUCACCCCAGUCAAGGACAUGACUCCACCCCCAGAAGUAGAGAUGGCCCUCAGCAAGGACGUGGCUCCACCUCAAGAAACAGAGGUGGUCCUGGGCAAGGACGUGGUUUCAUCUCCAGAAACAGAGAUGGCCCUGGGCAAGAAUGUGGCUCUACCCCUACAAACGGAGGUGACCCUGGCCAACAAUGUGGCUCCAGCCAAGGAUGUUGCAGCAUCCUCAGAAGCAGAGGUGGCACCAGUUCCUGUUAAGGACAUGGAAACUGCACGGACACAGGAAGAAACAAGUGAGGAUUCCCAGUUAGAAUCUCUCCAGGAUGAAGGACAGUCAGCUGUGCCUCCUCUCAUGAUAUCAGCAGAAGCAGUCACAGCCAUGGGCCAAAAGCACAACUUGCCAACAGAUGAGGAUUCUGUGUCAGAGGAACUAGAGCAAAAGAAACCGUUCAGUAGUCAACCUUCUGAACUUCCUUCAGAGACCUCAGGUACCCUUCCCACACAAGCCAAAAAAGCGUGCAGACCCAGUGAUCGCAGGUCCGCCCGGCCCGCCCGGCCCAGGCUUGCCAGGGUCCCUCCUGAGCUGCUGGGAGGCUCUUCUCCACGGAAGACUCUUGAUCCUGGGCUGGGCCCCUGCCCUUUGUCUGAGUUGGGUUGGGUUUCUGGUUCGUCUUCCUGUGGUGAGCCUGGGAACCAGAGGAAAACUAUUCAUGGUGACUUCCUUGAACCCCAGAGGGAUCUUGGCAGGGAGUCCUGGGAUAUAGAAAGAACACCGAUGAUGAUGAAGAAAAAAAAGAAGAAACCAAAGCAAAAGAGAUACUCUCAGCCCCGGGCUGGGGGACCUUGGGAUGAUGACAAUGCAGAUGAGCCUAAAGGUCAUCCCUCUGCCACUGACCCACAAAAGUCAGGUGUUCCCCCCAGCCAGCCUACCACUGUGGGCACAGAACAUGGGCUGGUAUCCAGAGAAAACUUGAAAAAGGGAUGUGAAAUUGAUUCCAGGGCAGCCAAACUGGUAGCUGAGAACUUUGCCUCCGAGGGUCUCAGCAUUCCUUUGUGUCCUUUGGAAGAACCCCCGAAAACUGCAGUAAAUUCUCAGCCCAAACUGAGAGUAGAGGCAGAGGUGAGAGGUAACAAGUCAGCACCACAGAGCCAAGACAAGAAAUUGCUGCAGCAAGAUGAGUGCAAACCACAGCCUGCACCCUACCUCGAGACUCCUGUGGAUAAAAGCCAGACAGUAGGCUCCCUCAAUCUGAAAGGACCCCUGACAGAAGUUUUUCCACACAAAGUAGAAAUUCCUUUGGAGAUCAGACCCAAAGAGGGUUGCUCUCCUGUCUUGGACCAAGGGGCUGAGGGUAGAGUUUCAAAACCCAAAGCAGCAAAAGAACUGCCUAAUUCCAUACCCACUUUGACAGCAGAUAAUCCAUUAGUAAGUAGUCUAAAAGAAGGGAGUGAUGAAAGUAAAAUGACUAAACUGCAGAAUGACAAACAGAAAGAGUUUUCUGAGGGAGCUGAAGAGGUUAAAGAACUAAAAAAGGAAAGUAUUCCCAAGGAAAGACAGGAGAACAGCAUCUUUGCUUCUGAGCAGCCACAGGACACGGUGUUAGCUCAGGUUCCUGGACUAGGGAAUGAACCAUUUAAGAGAAUGGCAGGUGAUGGCAAAAGCAGGAAGGGAAAGGGAAGUUCUGGGAAGAUGAGAGCAAGUUCUGGGAAGGUGAGAGCAAGGUCUGAGCUGCUGUGGCUUGCGGACAGCCAGAAGGACAGCAAGGACACAAUUGUUCUUGUGCCAAGUGAGCCAGCGCCUAAAAUGGAAAGAAUGGAUAAAAGCGAGGAGCUGGGGCUGGGUUCUUCAGAGCAACCAGGGACCGUGGCUGAGCUCACUGAGGCAGUGGUGAUGCGGGACCCUAAGGAGAUGACUGACCUGAGGGUGGCAGGCACCUUGCAGGCGUUGAUUCCUUUGGGAAAUGGGUCAGGCGUGAUUCAGACUUCCGGUGCUAGAACAGAAAGAGGAGCUGUAGCCAUAGGCAUGCGUGUCGGCAACCAGAGCGAGGAGGAAAAAUGUCCUUGGAUGGAUCAUGAGGCAGCUCCCUGGAUUUCUGAAAAGCCUACAAAAAGAGGCAGUGAAGACAAAAACAAAAAGUUUAAAAAUAGUUAUUCCACACAGCCUGCUAGAAUGGAGAGGAAGGAAGAAAUCCUCAACCCACCUUUUGUAGGGAAGCGUGGGGAUAUUGGUAGUACUCCCCAUCAAAACAGAGAAUUAGAACUUACUUUCCCCAUAGCUCAUGACCCUUUGUUCUCACGUAUAUCAGAUACACCCACAGUGGAAGGAGUUGACCAAAAGGGUAGAAAUGUUGAGGUUAAUUUUUCUAAGCUUGGGGCUCUUGGCAGGAACAAAACAAGCGCAGGCAAGGAUUUUGCUGUUACUGAACCAGCUACCAAGGUGACAGAUGUGAGCUGCCAAGACCAAAUCCAGGGGGCAGGAUUUGUUCCUUCAGUACUGUCUGAGGAGAAUAAGACAGAUGUGGCCAAGAGACAUACUGCAGUUGCUGACAAACCAAAUAAAAGGAGUAAUGAUGGAAAAAGCAAAAAGGUUAAAAAUAGUUUCCCUGAGAAGCACAUUCUGGAGAAUAAGAUAGAUGCAACUAAAAUACAUGUUCCCAUGGAAACCAUAGGGGACCACAGAAUUGAAGGAAUGGGCUAUGUGGAUGAAAAUAGAAAUAUUACAUUUACCUGCCCUAGAACACCACCAGGAUUGAUGAAUAAGACAGUCCCCCUAGAGGCUCAGGAAUCAGCAGCCUGUGAAAAACUGCCCCCUUCUACUUUUCAAGUAGUAAAGGAAAGUGAUUCAUUUCCAGACACCUUGGCAGAAAGCAGGCAAGAGACAGCUCCAGCCCAGAUUUCCAAAUUAUUAGAGGUAGAUAAUUGCAGCAAAGUUGGAGUCCCAGUUGAAGAAAGACCCAAGGCUCCCUGUGCUGUUAUGCCCUCUACAAGCACAGGAGGAGUUGCCCUAACUCUGACAGCAGCCAUAGAAACAGUUAAUAACCAUGGAGUUAGCUGUCUUCAGAAUAAAGGUGAGCUUGCUGGUCCCAUGAAAAACGAAGCAGGGAUAGACGGAGGGCAUGUGAUAGGAGAAUCUGAGUCAGUGCCCAGUGGUGCAUCAAAGCACUCAGUAGAGAAAACCACAGAGCCAGCAGGGGGCCACCUUCUUUCUGGCGUGCUCAUAGAAGAACAAAGCCUGGCAGGUGGGGUCAGAGUCCUAGAAGCAUGUGCAGAUAGCAGUAAUUUUCCAACAUGUCCAGUAAACAAACAGAAAGAGUCUGAGGAAGGUUCUGCUCCAGUUCCAAUUCUUGACCUAAUGGGAGACAAAGCACAAAAGCCCAGUUUCUGUGAGGACCAACGUGCUGAAAAUAGAGAUUCCCAGGGCCCAGAUAGUUUGAAUAAGGAGGUAGAUACGACUCUUUUGCCACCAGAAAGUGAAAAGGAUAAAUUGGAAGAAAUCAGUCUGGAUUCUGAAAGCAGAGAAAUGGCAUGUGUUUCCUUGGCACCACCAGAACUCCAGUCAGGUGUCUUAGAUGGCAAAGUUGAAGUGACUCCUUCAAGGGUGGUAGAUGAGUUAGUAGUGACUGCUUCCAAGGCUCUUCAACUCCCAGAACCCAAAGACAAGAUCUUAGAGGCACCUGAGAAAAUGACAGAAAAAUCUGAACCGAAGGCACUGGGACAAGGGAAGAAGGAAGAUAAAAGCAGAGCGGCAGAACCCAUGAAAGGCUACAUGAGACCCACCAAGUCCCGAGGACUCACUCCACUUUUACCAAAAUCUACAGUCCAGGAACGAGAGCGAUCCAAGCAACUCAAGUCCAGUGUUUUCUUGAGCCCAUCAACAGUCUUCCAACAGCUGGGAAUAUCAGUUUAUGGAAUAGCCAAACUAGAAGAAGGACGGCUUACUGGGAGUGUGACCGGAAAUGACAUCACCACCCCUCCAAACAAGGAGCUCCCACCAAGCCCAGAGAAGAAAACAAAGCCUUUGGCCACCACUCAACCUGCAAAGACUUCAACAUCGAAAGCCAAAACACAGCCCACUUCUCUCCCUAAGCAGCCAGCUCCCACCACCUUUGGUGGGUCGAAUAAAAAACCCAUGAGCCUUGCUUCAGGCUCAGCACCGGCUGCCCCACCCAAACGCCCAGCUGCUGCCACUGCCAGGCCUUCCACCUUACCUUCAAAAGACGGGAAGCCCAAGCCUGUUGCAGAGGCAAAGAUUCCUGAGAAGCGGGCCUCACCAUCCAAGCCAGCCUCGCCAUCCAAGCUGGUCUCUGCCCUGGCCGGUAGGCCUGGCUCCAAGAGCACCCAGACUGUUCCAAAAGCCACAGCAGCUGCCACUCUUGCCUCAGCUGGGCCAAGCAGUAGGAGCCCCUCUACACCCCUGCCCAAGAGGCCUGCUGCGGUCAAGACUGAGGGGAAACCUGCAGACAUCAAGAAGAUGGCUACGAAGUCUGCACCAGCUGACGUGAGUCGCCCAAAGAACACCUCCACCAGUUCGGUGAAGAAAAGCGCCGCCGUCCCUGGGGCGGCACCCCCAGCAGGGGUGACUCCCAGCCGCGUCAAGCCCACAGCCACCCCUCCCCGGCCCUCUGGGACUCCUUCCGUGGACAAGAAGCCCACGGCAGCCAAGCCCAGCUCCUCUGCCCCAAGGCUGGGCCGCGUGGCUACCAAUGCUUCUGCCCCUGAUCUGAAGAAUGUCCGUUCCAAGGUUGGCUCCACGGAAAACAUCAAGCACCAGCCUGGAGGAGGCCGGGCCAAAGUAGAGAAAAAAACAGAGGCAGCUGCUCCAGCUCGAAAGCCUGAACCUAACGCAGUCACUAAAGCAGCCGGCCCAAUUGGCAGUGCACAGAAACCGCCUGCUGGGAAAGUCCAGAUAGUCUCCAAAAAAGUGAGCUACAGCCAUAUUCAGUCCAAGUGUGGUUCCAAGGACAAUAUUAAGCAUGUCCCUGGAGGUGGUAAUGUUCAGAUUCAGAACAAGAAGGUGGACAUCUCUAAGGUCUCCUCCAAGUGUGGGUCCAAGGCUAACAUUAAGCACAAGCCUGGUGGAGGAGAUGUCAAGAUCGAAAGUCAAAAGCUGAACUUCAAGGAGAAGGCCCAGGCGAAGGUGGGAUCUCUUGAUAACGUGGGCCACCUGCCUGCAGGAGGUGCCGUGAAGACUGAGGGCGGUGGCAGCGAGGCCCCUCCGUGUCCGGGCCCCCCAGCUGGGGAGGAGCUGGCCAUCCCUGAGGCAGCGCCUGAAGCUGGCGCCCCCACUUCAGCCAGUGGCCUCAGUGGCCACACCACCCUGGCAGGGGGUGGUGACCAAAGGGAGGCCCAGACCUUGGACAGCCAGAUCCAGGAGACAAGUAAGUGGCUGGGCUCGGCCUAA